AUCAAUAGAUAAUAUGUUGCUCCGCGUAGAUUCUGCUUAAUGACCGCUUUCAUAAGUUGGCUAAUGAACCCAAGCAAACUUUGAACUGGUGGUGUCCUUUCUGGUGAUUACGCAGGAGACGGAGACAUGUCGAAUUCCGAAUGCUUUCACGUAAACACUCCGCUCCUGGAGAGUCUGGACAUGUCGAGAAGGAUUGGUACUCCUGUCUACCUGAAGAUGGAUAAUGCCCAACCUUCCGGCUCUUUCAAAAUUCGAGGGAUAGGAUACCUGUGCCAGAAGGUUGCAGGUGCUGGAUCAAAAGGUGUAGUCUGUUCAUCAGGUGGCAAUGCUGGCAUGGCGACAGCCUAUGUGGCAAGGAAACUCAAUAUCCCAGCAACCAUCAUUGUGCCUUCUUCCACACCUGAGCUCGUGAUUCACAAACUGAAGAGCCAGGGGGCUACAGUGAAGGUGGUGGGCAAGGUGUGGGAUGACGCUAACGCCGAGGCGCUAACCUUGGCUCAGAAUCAGGGCCUUACCUUUGUCCCGCCAUUUGACCAUCCUCUGGUCUGGCAGGGACAUGCCAGCAUCGUAAGGGAGAUUAAGGCCUGUCUGCUGACCAAGCCUGGGGCCGUGGUUGUAGCAGUGGGCGGAGGAGGGCUGCUCUGCGGGGUGGUGGAGGGCCUCAGGGAGGUGGGCUGGGGCGACGUGCCCAUCGUUGCCAUGGAGACCAGAGGUGCGAACUGUCUGAAUGAAGCAAUGAAAGCGGGGAAGCCAGUCACACUUCCUGACAUCACCAGCGAGGCCAAAACUUUGGGGGCGAAAACCGUGUGCAGCCAAGCUUUCGAGUACUGUAAGGAAGGCAACAUCAUUUCAGAGGUGGUGACAGACAGCGAAGCUCUGCAGGCUAUUGAACUCUUCCUGGAUGAGGAGCGCGUGCUGGUGGAGCUGGCGUGCGGCGCUGCGAUAGCGGCGGUGUACACCGGCCUGAUCCAGCGGCUCCAGGAGGAGGGCCGCCUGCCCCGCCGGCUGGGCCCCCUGGUGGUGGUUGUGUGUGGCGGCAGCAGCAUCAGCAUGGCCCAGCUGAAGCACUUGAAAAGCAAGCUGCAGGGAUGACCUGGAGUCUGUCGGGCCUAAAGCACUGCACUAUGACUCAUACCACUGUCAGUCACAGAUACUCCUGUUUUUCCUGUACUAGGUAGUAAGUAGUACAGUCCAUGCUGAUCCAUUUUACAAUUAAUCUCUUGAUGAGUAUAUUACAAUUACAGAGCAAAUAUAGAGGUAGAGUGAUUGUUGUUUAAUUUUGUUUAAUGCAUAAAUGUUCUGCUUCUCCUUGCUGUAUGCACUGUAGUAUCAUUGUCACAAUAUGAUAUACCUACUUUACCCAUGAGAGGAGUUUAAAGAACGAGCCGUCUAGAAAACAGUGCAUAAUAUAUAAUGUAGAAAAAAAUGAAAUGUUAUCUGCUUUGUUUUCUCAGUGCACCAUCUUACAGAGUGUGUAUAAAUAAAUCAUAAUGAUACAUAUUUCAGAUUUACAGCUCAGUCGAGACAUCAAAGGCCAAAUUACAGUUCCCAGGAGCAAUUAUUUCUGCAGCAUAUAACUAAUAAUAAUAAAUAAUGAGAAAAUAGCUUGUUUUGAAAUAUAUGGUGGUUCAUACAAGGCUUUUUAUUCUUAAAUUGACUCUAUGUAUACAAAAGUGAUGCCAUUGUGUAUGAUUGUGCCACUGGGUGUAAUGGUGUAAUUGUAUAUCCAGUUACUGUAAUACCUUACUCAAUAGUGUGUUUUUAUUAAGUGAAUAUGAAUUGUUAUUAUGCACAGAUUUUAGUAAAAGGCUUUCCCAGCAUGAAUUGCUGUUACUGUUUUUACCAAUAGAUGGCAGUAGAAUGUAUAUUUAAAGUUUCUUUGAAGUUGUCUAACAGACAAUUCUACAGUAUGCAGUCGCUCCAUUUAAUACAAGUUUUAGGAAUGUUUUCCAUGUGACAUCAUUCUACCAGAUUUGGAUAUGUAGAAGAACAGAUCUUCCAUUGCUGUCAUUUAUUUGAUUUUAUUUGAAUAUACACAAUGGUUUUAGGGUGCACCCUAUAAACCAUGUUUGACCUGUAUGCAUAUUCACACAUGGCAGCCAUACAAAAUAGAUAUAAUGAGCAAGAGCAUGUAAAUUAAACACUGACAUUUACCCUGGCUAUGAAAAAGCAAAUGUUUAAUUAAUCUUUGGAAUGAAACAUAAUAUGUGUUUAGG